AUAGGCAAGCAGGUCUCAAAGUUCAUAAGGAUUGUCACAUUUACUUUUGGGCUAAAAAUCUUAUAUGCUUUAAAAUCUUGUCUUUGAUCUGACGAGAUGUUUCAAGAAAGAAAUAUUGUUUAUUAAUAUUUUUAAAUAGUAGUCUCUUCCUUUUAUAUAUGGACUCUAGUUAAAUAUUUAUACUUAUUGCCACACAACUCUAAACAAAACAUUGAGAGUCGAUAUUACUGCAUUGAUAAAAGAGAGUAAAAAUGUUCUGAAACUUCAAGAGCAUAACAUUUUAACGAGGAUUUUUAAGUGUAGCUAGCUAGCUAGCUACAAAACACAUAUACAUUAAAAUACUACUGUGGUCAAAAUGACAAGAGCUGCAGGAACAAUUAUCCGUGACAUUCAGCACUAUGUUAGUCGCUACAGUCGUUAUCAUCAGUCAAUCCUUACUAUUGAACAAUUCACACAUUUUGGGGAGACAGCAUCACGCAAUGAGUCAUAUCAUUUUCUGAGACAUGAAGUGCCAAUUAGAUUGGCUCAUAUCAUGCAAGAAAUAAACCACCUUCCUAAAAAUCUUCUUGAAAUGCCAUCAAUACGAUUAGUAAACAGUUGGUAUGUCCAGAGCUUUGUUGACCUGCUAAAAUUUGAGCAGGAGGAUGAUACAAGCGAUGAGACAUUAGAAAGAUUUACCAACACUAUACAUCAAAUCAAACGUCGACAUGAUACAACCGUUGAGACAAUGGCUACUGGAAUAAUCGAGUUAAAAGAAGCAGAAGGAGAAGGAGCCAUUAUUCCAGCAGUUCAAUAUUUCUUAGAUCGCUUUUACAUGAACAGAAUUGGAAUAAGAUUGCUGAUGACAAAUCAUUUGGCAUUGUUUGAAGAAGAUUUGACGAAAAGUUCCCGAAGUAGAUUUAUCGGUGUGUUCGAACCGGAUUGUCAUGCAAAGACUGUGAUACAAGACGCUGCUGAAAACGCUGCUUUAUUAUGCGAUCAGUUUUAUUUUAAUUCUCCUGGUGUUACUAUUCGUGAGCAUAACACAAUCAACACUGGCGAAGACAUCAUCAUCGCAUAUGUCCCAUCGCAUUUUUACUUCAUGUUAUUUGAAUUAAUGAAGAACGCCAUGCGAGCGACUGUUGAAACGCAUCACAAUGAAGACGACUUACCGAACAUAGAGAUUGACAUUGUGAAGGGGCUUGAAGACAUGACCAUAAGAAUCUCUGAUUGUGGAGGCGGCAUACCACGGUCACAGAUGGAGAAAUUAUUCUCUUACCAUUACAGUACAGCUCCACAGCCUGAUCAAGGAAUUGCAAUUGCACCACUUGCUGGAUAUGGUUAUGGCUUGCCCUUGUCCAGGCUAUACGCCAAAUAUUUCGGUGGCGAUAUUCAAAUUAAUUCGAUGGAAGGUUAUGGUACAUCCGCUCAUGUAUACUUGAAGGCGUUGUCAAAAGAAGCUCACGAAGUAAUUCCCUUGUACAAUAGUUUCGUAGCAAAGAGUUAUCGCGAAGAACAGAACAGCACGUCUGCUGUUCGAGAUUGGAGUUCUGAUUCGUUUUACGAUGGUCAUGUUCAUGCAUAUGCAAAACCUGUGCAUAUCAAAAGACAGAGAGGGAAGAAAUGAACACCCGAGUGAUCACGUGUGUUGUAUGCAACGUCAUGGGUUACUAUAUCGUCACGUUGCCUGUAGCAUGCUACGCAAUGGGUUGACAUUCCAUUUCGUAUAGGAAUUAUUCUUUAUAUUACGCGCUUUUAGUUGUGCCUCGAUUACCACUGCUCAAGCUGGUAUUGGACCUUGUCUUUGUAUUGUUGAGAGACAAAACCAAAAAUGAUCAACGUUUUAUUCUUUUUUUUAUUACGGAUACUAUGAAUGACCCGAUUUCAUGUGACAGUAUUGACAGUCAGAAGUUUACGUUUUAUGUAUUAUUCACUAUGAUCUUACUAGUUGAAUCUUCUUGUGUUAACGGUUUAACGGAUUCGUUAGGUCUUUAGUUACGAUACGAAAGAAUUUUUUAAAUAUUAGAAAUUAUUAAAAUUUGCUAAUAGUUGUUGACACGUAUUUGCACUUAAACGAAGAAGGUGGAGAACACCAAUCUUUUUAUUAAGUCGAAGUUUUCUUUCAAACAAGAUGAAAAACUACGAAGUUUUAUUUUUUGUACUUCCACGACUUUAAAGUGCGAGCCUGUUUUUACAGUGAUAUUAACGUGUGAAUCAUUUUUUUAAUGCAAAUUGCAUGUAGCGCCGGCUAAAGUGUGAUACCAUAUUUAGGGUAUACUUUUUUGUAUAUAUUUCUUCAUAUUGUAUAUAAAUAGCUGGUGUAUUUGAACGAAGAUAUGAUCGGUUGUCGUUCGCAAAA